AUGUUUUCACAAUACUUCCGUGUGGAGUACUGGUGUGCCGAGAACGAGUGGGCCCUGUUUGGACCGCUCAUUCAGGCGAGCAUGCCGUUGGAGCAAGUCCCGAUUACUGUGGCUUCUUUAAAACAAUCAUCCCCGUCUCGUGAGAUUACUUUGUCCCAAUUGAAUUUGAACUGGGAGAAAGGUCGGUCAAAUGCCGUUGAAGAAGAACCUACGGUUGAAGCCAGUGACGAAAUGUCCGACUAUGCCCAAUGGCUCAGGUAUUGCCCAUAUUUGAUCACUGACAGGCCAGUGUUAAGCGUCUAUCUAUUCUCCGCAGCCAGUAGUAAGACUCUCCCGACACCGUUCUACGACCGACCAUUGCGACUUGGUCGAACGACUUAG